GGCUUACGCAACAAACGCCGACCCUUGCGGCGUAAGACGUCCCUGCUUGUUGUUCGCCGUGGUCGACCUUGACACUCGUCGCGGCCUUGGGCACACUAGGGCUGCCGCCGUCUCACUUGCUUCUACUCACUCGACAAGCGCGUUUCCCUUCACCACUCACUACCUUCGUCUCAAAGGCGAACUUGGCGCCGUAAUUGUAGAUUUGUGUUAAUCGGGAUAACUACAGUUUCUUGGACCACAGCCAGACUCAUUUGCGAUGUGGCGGGAAUGGACGUCUGUGUUUGUGUUCCUCGCGUUGAGCGCGCCUCCGCUGGAAACGACGACGCCCGGCUCGAUAAGGUGCAAGGACCAAUCAGGAAGGAAUGUCGACUGGUUCGUCAUGUACAAGCUUCCCAAGAUGCAAGCGUCCAGAGAGAAUUUUGUGACGCCCAAGGGUGGUGAGUUCGUUUACGUCGAUUCCAACACGCCCAAGACCUCCCAGACAUGGAUGCUGUCGAACCAAGAUAUCUUCGACCAGGACAAUCCUGUGGCUUACACGCUCAGACCUCUCCUACGGCCGGCACAGGACAUCCUGUACGUAGUGUACAAUGACCAGCCGCCUCCAGGUUACAAUGGAACCAGGAACGGCCACUGCAAAGGCGUGGUGCUGUUCGACAGCGGCACGGGUGUGUGGCUACUACACAGCGUUCCCCGCUUCGUGGAAGGCAUCGGCAAUGGCCGCUACAGCUUUCCCGAGAGCGGCAGGGAGAACGCGCAGCUGCUCAUGUGCAUCACUUUCCCGUCAUCCGAGAUGGACUCAAUAGGCAAGCACCUGCGCAUGGAGUACGCCAACGUUUACGCAAGGGCGAGCCCGCAGAACCUUCUGGACAGACACUCGCAAAUGGGGUUGCUCUUCAAGGAGAGCUUCAUCCGCGGCCGCGGUCAGGACCUGCUCGUGCGGAACAUGACGAGUUCCGGUGGCCGCCGUUUCCUCAGCGUUGCCAAGAGGGCCAUACUCGAACAAGACAUCUACUCGUCCAUACUAACGGGCCUGGUACGCGACGACCUAGUCGUUCAGUCCUGGAGGAACGGUGCCGGCGACAAGCUGCCGGCGAACUGCAGUCGCUCUUAUACAGUGACGCAUUCGGACCUGGUGAAGCUGUCGCUGCCUGAGCGGCGGUCGAUCACCUUCAAGACCGAGGAAGACCACAGUAAAUGGGCCGUGGCCGUGGAUAGACCUGUCUUCUGCAUUGGCUCUAUGAACCGCAUGGAGUCUCAAGUGAGACGAGGAGGGGAAGCAGUCUGCGUUGAAGAUAGCCUUCUGGGCAAGCUAUUCAGGAAAAGCGCCAUCGUUAAUACCGGGUGCUCGCUGAACGGAGCGCGUCAGACGCCUGCCUCGACACCGACUCCUUCAGCGGGGACAAGAAGAUCGCGCAGUGCCCAGCCACGGAAGCGAACGACGCGCACCUCAGCCACCACCGCGGCCACAACGAAGCCAAGCUUACGUCAGUUCUUGAUGGAUGUCGCCAUAUCGACCUUGUCGCAGCUGACGCAUCCCCAAAAUCACAAGCCAGCCUUCAGGAGGUCGCGUAAACAGAGCACAACGACGGAGCUUCCGUUGAUGGUUCAGUUCCGCAACCUUCUGAAGUCUUAAGAUGUGCCCAGCUGGAGCACGAACUUUGCUCAAAACGAGUCUGCAAGAGUAGUUUGAUGUGCUUCGCACUCACGUACAGACAAUUUUAUGUCCGUCUGUGGAAACACAUUAGCGGCCAGCGUGACUAGAAAACAUUUAGCAUUUUAAGCCACAUUUUGAAGUGCCGCCAGCGUGACACUAGAACAAAAUCGAAAAGAGUUGUGACUCACCUGCAGGGUAACUUGAGCUCAGUAUUACGUUGGAGAUGUAAACAUGCCAUCGCUCGGUUCAGAAUCUUUGCAGAUUGCAAGCUGUUUGAUAAUACUUUUCAUAUGGCAAAACAGUUCAGUGCAAAUCUUUUUAAUUUCGUGCUAGUGUCGGGUGGAUGACAAGUUCUCUUUCAUGAUAACUUUUCUUGACCGCCUGUGACGAAACUUAGCGAUGAACGCUUGACUGUAAAUGUGCAAGGUGUGAACUGUGAACUUCUCUCUUCCUUCUCCUCUUUCAAUCCCUUCUCCCCCUUCCCCAGUGCAGGGUAGCCUACCGGGCUCAGCCUGGUUAACCUCCCUGCCUUUCCCUUAUAACUUUUCUCUCUCUCUCUUUCUGGAGGAAGAAAUGCCUGGUAUUUGUGCCAUUUACUGCGUCCCUAAGAGGUUGAUCGACGUCUUAAAUGGCUUUAAUUUGCAGUAUACGUUGUCAAGCAUCUAGUGGAUAGCUUAUUCAUCACAAGUAAGACCCGUUCCUGAUAAAAAAGUAUUUUUUUAAGUUACUUCAGAAAGGUGGUCAUAUUGAACUACAGGUUUAUGAAAAGCGAUAAUCCGAUAAAAAGAUAGUGCAAAGAAAGGAAAAUUUUAUGGAGAAGAAAAGUGAGCGUUAUCCUGCAAAGAAGUUCAGCAUAUCACCGUGGCGAUUCUUGCACAUAUAAUUUUACUCUGCCUCUAAUUUGCGCAUUCAUAAUCCGAUCAACAACCAUUGAAUUUUGACAACAAUGGCGUUGACUUAACUAAGAACCCUUGUACGACCUCCUAAGAACCUUGAAGCAUGGCACUUCACAACAAGCUAUCGACGUCUGCUGGGAUGACCCAGGGAGAGACAUGUACCCGACGGAGUUGCACAGUAAUCCGAAACAGUGCGAAUGAUUUCACCUGACUUACGGCCAAUAUAACGGCUGAAAUAAAUGUUUGUACCCUAAGAUGGUAGUGAAAAGGGUCGGUCGUAGCAGGAGGUAUUCUUUAAACCCUUUAUGAAGACCCGCUAUCUGUUCAGUCGCUUUACCAUGGGCAGCAUUCCUAGACACCCCGAACUUGACUUGAAGUUCAAGAGGACGCAGAUUUAUAUUAUAAAACUGUGUUGCACAACA